UCCAUUCAUAACAUUUGUUUGGAACAAUUAUGAACUCUCAUUCCCUCGCUUUGCCAUAAACCCCUUUCUAAAACCCUAGAAAAUAGCACUUGGUGAAACAUUCAUACUAGGGCACAGAAUAUCCGGCGAAAUGCCAGGUCUGACGUCAGAGUCCGACGACCUUGCAAUGGUCCCAGUCUCGUCGGAGCCGGAAAAUCAUCCGGCGGUCAUCUAUCCUCUCCAUCACGGUCUCAAAUCCCCGGUUCAUCGACUCUCCAUUUCCUGGGCGCGUGGCAACACUCUCCAAGUCUCAGUUCUCGGGAAACCUCAGUUGGACACGGCGACAGACGUAGACGGCGGCGAGAGUGGCGGCGGUAGAGUGGUGGAGGUGAAGCUGAGUAACAGCGGAGAUGAGGUAGUUGAUGCCGCAAGAUGGAGGAGAAUAGCUUACGGUUCCGUCACUCCUUUCGCGCUUCUUCAGAGCCGCAAACAUUCUCUGUCUGCUAUGUCGUUGGAUAACCCUCCUUACAAGGCACAGUGGUGGGAGCAUGUCAUAGAGUACGGCAAAGAGAUAAAUUCUCUGCUCAGUGAUCGAAAAUCACCUCCUAGAUCAAUUAUUGAAGAUCCCAAGUCGGUAGUAAACGAAACUGCAGAGCCGAUGUGUUUGAAAGCUGCGUGGGAGCUUCUGGAGAUAUUUUAUGUAGACAAGCAAUCUCAAUCCUGGAUUCCCGAACGUUUGCUAGAUUGGUUAGCUGACUACGAUCCUUUAUUCUCGGGAACUGUACCAACUAUUCAUUCAAAGCUUGUGGAUUUUCAGCAGGAACUUGCUGACGUACAGGUUGUUGAAGAAGAUCCUAACUACUGGGAAGCAAUAGCAUCAGCAUUGUCAGUUGGCUGGCUGGGAACUGUGGCAAAACUGCUGCGCUUGCAUGGCUCUUACCGGUUUGAUCAGUUAGCUAGUCGUGAGACAGAGAAUGGACUGGUUGAAGCAGUUGCUGUUCUUAUAUCCAAGAUGCCUAGAAUGCGUCCUAAUCUGAGAGAAGAAAAUUUAAGCGAGUGUUACAAAACCAAGCCUGAUUUCAUGAAGGCUUGGGAGAAGUGGAGGGCACAAAUGACUAAACUGGACUGCAGUUCGUACUGGCUUCAAUGUGAUCACCAGCAGACUAGAGAAGGGCUAAAAAAUUUGAUCCAGAUCAUGUUGGGAAAUCCUAGUGUUCUAUCAAAUGCAACUUUCAACUGGAUGGAGCUUUUUAUAUCCCAUUUCUUGUACGUUAGGCCAUUUACUGCGGGUCUAGAGAGCAUGUACAAUUUAGCUCAGAAGUGCAUUCAAUUAAAACCAGUUUCCAGCCCCCAUAAGCUGUUUGGUCUUGUACUUGGCAUUCUUGGAGAAAAUACUGAGGUUGUUCUAGCAGAGUGCUCAAGAUCAUUUGGCCCAUGGAUGAUGGCACAUGCUGUAGAGUUGUUGACAGCUGGGAGUACUCAUGCGGAAAUUCUUUUGCAUGAAGAGCAGUCCAAACUGGGGGGAAUCAGCAUAGAAGAGCUCCAUAAACUUGUAUAUGCACAAGUUCUGUCUUCUCAUGCGUUCACAUGGCAAAUUGCUCCAAUAUACUUGACUUCAUGCAUAAAGCAAGGGAUUGGAUUAUUGGAGAAUUUGCUUUACAAGCAGCCUGUACAGCAUAGUCAAAUUCUGUUAAAGAGUAUAGAGAUCUGCCGUCUGUAUGAACUUGACACCAUAAGUUCAAACAUAAUGAGGAUUGCUGGUAUGCAUCACUGGAAACAUGGGAGAAAAGGCUCUGGUGUCUUUUGGCUGCAGCAAGCUCGAGAUGAAUUUCGUUUAAACAGAAUUGCCAAACAAUUAUUUGAUUUCGUGGGGAAGUCAGUUUCCGAUGAAGGAUUCAAGCAAUGGGAAGGUCUGAUAGAGUUGCUGGGUUCUGAGCCUAGAACUGCUGGCGGUCUUGAGUUUCUGAACAAGUACAGGGAUUUUAGGAGAUCCCUGCUGCAGGUUCAUGGUGAUACACCCACUGAUGGUGCUCAUAAUGCAGCUGAAGCUCUCGUCUCUCUCAUGAAAAAUCCUUCCACGCCUCAACGCUUUUGGUUACCUCUUCUAUAUGAUUCAUUGAAAUUGUUAAACUGGCAGGAGCGACCUUUGCUUAAUGUCUCUCAAACUCAGCUUCUCUUGAAUAAACUGCAAGAGUUGUCCAUGGCAAGAUUGAGGCCGGACUUUGUUGAAGCUGACUUGCCAUCUGAUUCCUUGAGCUCUGUCAGACUGGCACUUGCCACUAACUUGGGUCGUGCAAUCCUUGAAGAGUGACUUUGUUGCCUCUGUUUCUUGCUUGAGAGGUGACCAGUUAGAUCUUUUCAAGAUGCCUCAAGUGUUAUAUUAUCUCCUCUUUCCUGUGUUAUUGUCUGUUCCAGGAGUGCAGUUAACUUUCAAAAUGGUGCGGAACCUUGUGUCGCUGCUUGCAGCAGAAAUCAUGAAACCACAACUGUCCCGUUUUGUUAUCUGUUUUCUUUACUGGAAAUGCUGACUUGAAGAACUACAUGUGUGCUGGCACUACAUUGUGAAUGGUACAGCCCGAUCUGAGCCACUUGUGUCACCUACAUGUUGCAGAGCUCAGUAGACAGCUAAUCAGUUGGUAUAGACAAGAAGCAUUUGGAUGAGGAGAGCUUCAGACUAUGGGAGACUAACCGUGGCUUGACAAGAGUGAAGAUGACUGUAUUAGUAUAAGGUUUCUUGUUUUGCUGCUCCGCUGCUCCUACUUAGAGAUCUUUUUUUUUAAAAUUUUGUUUUGGGAUGGGGACAGGGGAUUGGGGUUAUCGAUGUAUAUGCCUUUGUAAACGACCACCAAAACCCCUGCCUGUUGCCUGGUUUAAAAUUGUUGAGAUUGUUUUAUUCCCUAUGAUAGAACGCUGAAUAUAAAAAUUAAUGUCAGUGUUCCUGGUUGGACUGGUGUUUAUAAGAUUGAAAAAACUGCUACAUGCUCAAUGAAGACUGCAAAAGUAUGCCUUA